AUGGCUGCUUUGAACCAUGGGGACCUCAGUCAACAACCUGAAAGCCUGGUGUCUUCCUGGGGGCUGAAGAAGGACUGGAACCAGCGGGUAUUUGUGAACCGCAGCCUGGCCCUGGGUAAGAUAAGAUGUUUCGGAUUCGACAUGGACUACACUCUGGCUGUUUACAAAUCUCCCGAUUAUGAGGCCCUGGCAUUUGAGCUACUUCUGGAAAGGCUGGUCUGCAUUGGCUACCCCCACGAGAUCCUCCGUUAUACCUACAAUCCUUCCUACCCUACCAGGGGCCUAGUGUUUGAUGAACUUUAUGGCAACCUGUUGAAGGUGGACACUCAUGGGAAUGUGUUGCUGGCUACUCAUGGCUUCUCCUUCCUCACUGAUAUUAAGUUUCUGAGGGCCGAAAUCUGGAGUUUUUAUCCCAGCAAAUUCAUUCAUCGGGAUGACAUGCAAAGAUUUCACAUUCUCAAUACUCUCUUCGACCUUCCAGAAACGUACCUGUACGCCUGCCUUGUGGACUUUUUUACCAACUGCUCCAGAUACAUUAACUGUGACACAGGCUACCAGCAUGGAAACCUCUUCAUGUCCUUCCGUAGCCUCUUCCAGGAUGUAUCUGAUGCCAUGGACAACGUCCAUCUCUCAGGCUGCCUGAAGGAGAAGACCUUGGAGAACUUGGAGAAAUACGUGGAGAAAGAUGCCCGCAUUCCUCUCCUAUUAGGAAAGCUGAAGGAAGUUGGGAAAGUGUUUCUGGCCACCAACAGUAACUACAACUACACCAACGCAAUCAUGACCUAUCUGUUUGACUGUGGUCAGGAGAAAGCUUUGGCUCGGCCCUGGCAAUCCUAUUUUGACCUGAUUGUGGUGGACACCCAGAAACCACGCUUCUUUGCGGAGGGGACAGUGCUGAGACAGGUCAACACGGUAAUGAAGCGGGGAGAAGGGAGUGACUCUGGGAAGCUGCGAAUUGGCACCUACACUGGUCCCCACCAACACUGUGCUGUCUACUCUGGAGGCUCCUCGGAUAUUGUAUGUGAGCUGCUUGGAGUAAGGGGAAAAGACAUCCUGUACAUUGGGGACCACAUCUUUGGGGACAUCCUGAAGUCUAAGAAGCGGCAGGGCUGGCGGACCUUCCUUGUGGUGCCUGAGCUGGCCCGGGAAUUGACUGUCUGGGCCCAGGAGAAUGACUUGUUUGAGGAGCUGCAGAUGCUGGAAGUGUCUUUGGCAGAGAAGUACCAGCGCAUGGACAGGAGGAGCUGUGGGCAAGAAGAUAUUAGUUCUACCAAGAGAGAGAUUCAGAUGCCUCAUGAAUCUGCGGUGGAGCUGGAGAAGAAUGCUCAGGACCCAGUGAAGGGCCAGAGGCAGAAUAUGCCGAAUGUUCUGCAUGGAUUCAUGGAGAGCACUGAGGGUAGUGAAGCUUGAGAUGAUGUGGGGGAAAGCUGAGCUGCUUAUUGGCUUACAAGACUUUACCUGGAUUCACUCACCCGAGGCCCUUCAGGACUUAUUUUCAGACCCUGGAAGACUUUAGAAGUGGGCAUGGGGGAGGGAAAGAAGGUAAUCAAAUUAAAUUGUUUAUUUCAGUAAGCAUUUAUUCAA